CGUUGUUCAGAAGCCAAGAAACCAAAUGUCCGUCCGUCCACUCUGGCCAGUCAGUCACUUCCCGUCUCACGGGAACUCACACACACGGGGACGCCUCCAUCCGUCCGUCCGUCCGUCCGUCCGUCCGUCCAAGCUAGCCUGCCUAUCUCAUUGAUUGCAUCCCUGCCUGCAUGUGAUGUAGGUCUUUUCGACUGACUGACUGACUCGCCUGCCAGCCAACAGCAUGCCAUGCACACACAGACACAUGGCAUGGAUGGAUGCAAUCAAGGAAGGCCCUCCUGCUAAGCCAACUAGCCAGGCCCUCCUCCCCCUCUUCCCCGGUCGCCUCCUCUAUCUCUCCCCCUCCCACCCCCACCCCCACCACGUCCUCUCCCUCCCCUCCGGUGCGGCUGUGGAGACCCCCUCCCACCUCGACCACCUCGACUACGUCGGCCGCCACGACCUCGGUGGUAAUGAGGCUGUUGGGGGUGCUGGGGGUGUUGUGGGUGGUCUUCGCCUAUGUACUGAUCGUAGGAUGGUUCGCGUGGGCGCCUGCGGGAUGCCUGUUGCUGUUGGGGAGGUUGGGGGUGGGGCUGAUCGGGUGGCGGGAUGCCUGGAAUCCGCGGGUGAGUGCCAAACUGGAGGUCCAGCGAUGACGGGAAGGGGGGCGCUGCAGCUGCCGCAGCAGCAGCAGCAGCUGCUGCUGCUGGGACGGGCGGGGGCGGCGGUGUGAUUGGCUCUGGUUUCGGCUUGGGCGGCUCCGAUGCACCUGCAGAAAGAGACAGAGGGAGAGAGAGGGAGAGGGUGUCUGUCGUGUCUGUGUUUGCUGUGUGUGCUGACUGACCGUCAAGAGCCCUGAUGAGUAUGUGUAUAUCGCUGUCAGGGCUGUCAGCCUGGAAGGGCCACCGCACCUCCAGCUCCCCCUCGUCGACAUCGUACGCCACCACACCACCCUCACCCCCUGUGCCAAUCAUCCACUUCCGCGAAUUGGCAUUCGCCUCCUCCCUCUUGAUCAAGACACCACCCACACUCCUUCCCUGAAUUUGCUGCGGAUCCACCUCGAUCACGUGUGCUGCCCGCCCCCUGUCGGCCAUCUGCUGCAUAGAGACCUGCCAGAGGACGGUGAAGUGCUCCGUCUUGACCUGGAAGCGACGCUUGAACCAUAGCGCGUGGAAGGGGAGGCUGGCGAGCACCUGCUCCUCUGUGCCAGGGGGGUUCUCCCCCGAUAGAGGGGCCUCGUCAGCCGUCGCACGGUACAGCCGCCCCACGGUGUUUGCUUCUUCACCGCCCUGCUCCGCCUUCACCCCUCCGUCUGUCUUGACGCUGCCGAAUAUGGCCCGCUGCUUGAAGGCGUCCGUGUGUGUGGCAAGGAUCCGGUAGAGCCGCUUCUUGCCUCUGAUGGCGCCCUGUGAGGGCGCAUACUGGACGAGCAGCCCGGAGAAGGGCAGCGGGGUGGGGAGUGGCAGCUCGGUGGGCGGCUUCAGGUUGGCAGUCAUACGGGCGGACUCGUGUACCGCCAUGGCAAGCACGCCGUCGUGGUGGUUAGAGGUGGCGUGGAUGUGUGGGUGGGAUUGGGCGCCUUUGGACGACUGCAGAGACACACACGAGGACAUUUGUGUGUUUUUGUGGAUGGAUGGAUGUGUCCACCGACCUCUGAUAGGGCGCUCAUGCCAGCAGGUGUUGAUGGAGGGCCGUCGGUGCACUCCUCGAUCUUCUCCAGGCCGUUCUCAUUGUCAACCUCCAUCUUGACCACACCACCACCACCACCACCCUCCCCGCCCUUCUCUGCUUUGCCUUGCUCCUGCUCCUGCUCCUUCUUGUGGCGGACGGUGUGUGGGUGUCCGCUCAGAACUUGCUGGUAGAGCUGCGACGACAGCUCCAUCGGGAUGGUUCGCUUGCGGUGGGUGGGGACAUUGAUGGUCUGGCCGUUAGCGGGCAUCCUCACCUGCACAUAAAGAGAGACAGACAGGAACGGGCGGGCGAGUGGUGAUGGUAUGUAUGGUUAGUUGUCAGUCAUGGUCGCCUGCGCACGUCUCUCUUGAGGUCGGCUUCGAGCUUCUGUUUGAGAUGCAGCAUGUUGCUGGCCUCGCCAUGCACCAGCACAACGCUGCGGGGGUCCACCUAGACACACACACAAAGACACGGACAGACAUCUGUGUGUGUGUGUGGGUGUAGGAGCCCAUCCACGACCGCCUGCUCAGGUCACCUGUGUGAUGAGCUGCUGGAUGCCCCUGCAGUCCGCGUGCGCCGAGAAGGAGAGGUACCGGACCUUCAUGUUGACCACCACGCUCCUAUCGGCGAUCUUGACCUGUUUGGCACCAUUGCUGCACACACAGGGGCCGAAAGAGAGGGAGAGACCAUCCAUCCAUCCAUUGUGUGUUUGUGGCAUACACACGUACAUGACUUGGUUGCCGACGGUGCCUGGGGUGCAGUAUCCCGGCACGAGCAGCAGAUUGCGCUCGUCGGGCGCCCACUUCUCAAAUAUGGCCAGCGACAGACCCUGUUUGCACCACACAUGGAUGGAUGAGUGGAUGGUCAUCCAUAUCAUUCCUGUGUGUUUGUGCGCAUUGCUGACUGACUCACCGCGUGUAGCAUUCCGGGUGUGGCGAAGAGCACACAGGGGUAGUCGGCGCCCGCAACCUACACCCCCCACGCACAUGUGACACACAUGGAUGGAUGAAUGGAUAGAUGGAUGCGGCAUUCAUCAUUCCGUCAUUCAUUGUGUCAUUCAUUGUGUGAGGGUGGUCACGUACCUCCGGUUUGUAGGGUGUGAUGUGUGGGUAGUCGAACAUGUUGCUCGACAUCGGGACGUUCUCGUCGUCGUCGUCCUCGGCAUCGCUCUCACCCUCAGGCGAGCCACGCACGUUGCCUUGAAACACACACACACACACACACACAACACACACAUAUGGACAGACAUAUACACAGAUGGUCACCUACCUUCGGCCAUCUGUGCCAUUUGUGCCGCCUGCGCCUUGCCGCACUCGGGGGACGCACCCGCACCUACACACACACGUGGAUGGAUGGAUGGAUGGACAUCCAUACAGACCUGCGACGGUGGUGUUGGCGCUGAGGGCGGCCGGGGUGACCCGAACGGUCGUCCAGUUGGCGAACUGGCACACACAAAACACAGCACAGCACAGCACAGCAUCCCUCUGUCUCUGUGUGGGCGGCGUAGCGUGUGUGGCAAGACGGGCAACGUACGAGUCUGUAGUAGUGGUUGGCAGUGGUCGACAGCUGCCCGGCAAAGUAGAUGGGAUGUGUCAGCUCUGACGGAUUGCAAAUGCAGACACAGUUCUCUCUCUCCCUCCCUCCCUCCCUCUCUGCGUCACUUACGGUUUCUCUGCCAGUAUUGCUCCAGGAUGAGGCACAGCUCCUGCGCCCGGCCAAUCGCAAACACUGGAAUCAGCACCUGGUGACGUGCACACACACACACAGAGAGAGAGAGAGAGAUCGUAUCCAUGGCAUAUGCACACGUGUGUGCAGGCAGUGAGUACCUACCUUCCCGCCGCCAUCGAGCGUCUCCCGCACAAUCUUGCACAUCUCCGUCUCGCUCUUCUUUUUGCUCGCGUGGAAAUGCGCGCCAUACGUACCUUAACACCCCACCCCAACACACACACACACAUGCACAUCUUCGUCUAUCCAUUUGUUUAUCCAUGGGGAUGGCUGGCUGGAUGCCCACUCACUCUCCGAUAUGACGACAUCGGGGUUGAGUCGGGGCACCCUUGCCGGGCCCAGGUGCCUGUCGGGGGUCAUGCUGUAGUCGCCCGUGUACACCACAGACUCGCCGCCAUACUGACAGACACACAGACAAACAGACAGACAGACAGACAGACACUCAUACACACACAAAGACAAGAAGAUGGGCAUGUUUGUGUGUGUUUGUGUGUGGUGUGCGGGUCCCUCCCACCUCCACAUGGAACAAGGCCGCCCCCAGCACGUGUCCGGCGUAGUAGGGCGUGACGCGUAUGCCGCACGGCAGGGUGGCCGUCUCGUGCACCAUCAGCGCACGCACCUUCUCUAUCGCCCUCUCAACCUAUACACACACACACACACACAGAGAGAGAGAGAGGGGAGGAGUUUGUGUGUGUGUGUGUGUGUGUGUGUACCAUUUCCAGCUCGUAGAUGGCUUCCCCGUCGUAUGAGAUGCGUGUGCUGAGGUUGACCAUGUCGCGCAGCAGCACGGGACACAGCGCCUUGGUCGGAUACGUCAUGAAGAUGGGACCGGAGUAGCUGACAACAUAAGACACACACCACGCCACACACCACGCCACACCACCACACACCUUCGUGUGCCGUGUGGAUUGCACACAGGGAAGGAAAUCAAGGCUCGCUCACUUGUAGGUCUCGGUCAGCUUGGGCAGCGCCCCGCAGUGGUCCAGGUGGAAGUGGGUCACAAUCACCGCAUCUAAAAUGGACGUCAGGUCAGGCCUGCACAUACAUACACACACACACACAGGUAUGCUCCUCCCUCUCCCCUGUCUGUGUGCCUCUCUGCGCAUAGCAAACGCACCGUUUCCCGUCGCUGCUGCCGGUGGCCAUGGCCAUGGGCAUGCCCGGUAUCUGGUCGAAGUUCGGGAACUUCUCCUCUUUCGACCGUGCGCCCAGCAUCACGCCGCAGUCAAACAUCACGCGACGGGGCGGAGAGUGGCCUGUGUUGUUCGUUGCACACACGCAGAGAGAAUCACAUCACACGAAUGAAUGGAUCUGUGCAGUCGGGGCGGAGAUCUGUCUGUCUGCAUACGCACCCAGAGUGACGACGACGCAGGAGCGCCCGACCGCCUGGCCGGCGCCCAACACCUUGAUCUCAAUCCCCAUCUCAACUCACCAUCAACUCAGCUCACCAUUGAUAUACC